AUGAAGCGCGACUCGUGCCCCCCGUCGCCUCCUGUUCCCCUGCUGAGCGCCGCGUGCGACAUGGCGGCGUCGGACUCGACAUCGCAUGACGUCGAGGCCUACCACGCCGCCGGCGCCGACUUCAAGCUCGACACGGACGAUCCCAUCGUGGUGUCGUGGGACGGGCCGCACGAUCCGGAAAACCCCAAGAACUGGAAGGCAGGUCGCAAAUGGGGCAUCACCAUUCUGGUCUCGUGCUUCACCUUCAUCUCGCCCUUCUCGUCGACCAUGGUGACGCCGGCCAUGGACGUCAUCGCCCGCGACCUCCAGGUCCCCGCGGGGUUUAUGCAGCAGCUCGUCAUGACCAUUUUCCUGCUCGGCUUUGCCCAAGGACCGUUCGUCUUGGCGCCGCUGUCUGAGAUCUUUGGCCGCGCCAUUGUGCUGCAGCUUUCUAAUGUCAUGUACUUGGUGUUUAACCUGGCGUGCGGGUUUGCCCAGACAAAGGAGCAGAUGCUUGCGUUUCGCUUCCUGAGCGGCGUGGGCGGGAGCGCGCCUCAGGCUAUAUGCAACGGCAUCCUGGCCGACUGCUGGCGCAAGGAAGAGCGCGGCAAGGGCCAGGCCAUCUACGGGCUGCUCACGUUUCUGGGACCGGUGCUCGCGCCCAUUCUGGGGGCGUACGUGUCCAUAUACACGACCUGGCGCUGGAUCUUUUGGGCGACGUCUGCUUUCGACCUCGUCGUCCAAGUCGCUGCCCUGUUCUUCCUGAGGGAGACGUACGGCCCUAGGAUCCUCUUGCAAAAGGCGAGGCGCCUGACUAGGGAGACUGGGCGGAGGCAUGUCACGGAGGAGAACCGGCCCUUGUCCCAGGUGCUCCGGCGUCGCAUCUUGGUGCCGUUUAUCAUGUUGUUUGCCCAUCCUGCCGUGCAAGUACCGUCUUUAUAUCGGGCGUAUCUAUAUGGCGUCAUGUAUCUGGUGCGUCCUGUGGCCAUGUUGCUGACUCUGCGUGACCAGCUAUACGUCAAGUUUCAAACCAAGUACGGCCACGAGGAUGGCCUGCCGGAGUGGCGUGUCCCGCCCAUGAUUAUCGGCGCCGUGCUCUGUCCCAUCGGCCUGUUCGUGUAUGGAUGGACGGCACAGGCAGGGGCACACUGGAUAUUGCCCAAUAUCGGCUGCGUGAUACUUGCCACGGGGCUCAUUAUUGCUUUCCAGAGCGCCCAGGCAUACGUGGUGGAUGCGUACAACGAGCAUUACGCAGCGAGCGCCGCCGCCGCCGGUGCCUUUGUCCGUACAAUGUUUGGCUUUAGCUUUCCCUUGUUUGCGCCGAAAAUGUACCAGGCUCUGGGACUUGGAUGGGGGAACUCCCUUCUUGCCUUCACCACCAUUGGCAUUGGCGUAGUCAGCCCCGGGCUGCUCUGGUUUUACGGACACAAGCUGCGGGAAUGGAGUGGGAUGGGAAUGAGAUAG